AUAGCCCUGGAGAAGCCUGCAUCUAAAAUAUCCAGACUCACCAUUCCCAACACCAAUUGCUAGUAUUUCUUCUCACUCUCUCUUUGCUCCGUCGUUACACAACACUGCCUCCUAGCCGCCGCCGCCGCUACCACCAGCACGACCACCAGCCAGCAGCCCCUCUUCUUUCUCUCUGUAGCCUCUAGAAAGCAGCAAAAAAAAAACCUUAAAAACCCCAUUAUCCUCUCUUUUCUUUCAUUUCUUUCAACUCAACAUGAAAAUACCAGAAAAUGACCCAAUAACUCUGUCAAACAACCUCUUACACUCCCUUUUAGACCAACAAAUCCCAUUAAUACAAUCUUUCAAAGGGAAAUGGAGUUUUAUAAAAUCCAAACUUGCUGAUCUCCAAGCCCAACUCACUGAUUUUUCCGAGUUCCAAACUUCAAUCACUAACCCACUCUCUCUUGAUCUCCUUCACUCUGUUUCGCAAACUCUAAAUGAUGCUCACCUUUUAGCUGAAAAAUGUCUAGAUACAAACUUGACGGAAGGGAAGCUUAAGACUCAAAGUGAUAUUGAUUCAAUUUUAGCUAAAUUGAAUCAAAAUGUGAGAGAUUGUGAGAUUUUGAUCAAAAGUGGGGUUCUUCAAGAUGGAAUUUUAUCUGGGUCUGGCCCAAAAAGAGAGCUUGUUAGAGCUGAGUUUAGGAAUUUAAUAACUCGGUUGCAAAUAGGGAGUACUGAGUCGAAGAACGCGGCUAUGGACACGGUUUUGAGUUUGAUUCAGGGGGAUGAUAAAAAUGUAAUGAUUGCUGUUGCACAAGGUAUUGUGCCUGUUCUUGCUAGAUUACUUGAUUGUAAUAGUUGUUUUGAUAUUAAAGAGAAGAGUGUAGCUGCAAUUUCAAGAAUUUCAAUGGUGGAUAGUAGUAAACAUGUUUUGAUAGCAGAAGGGUUGUUGCUUUUGAAUCAAUUGAUUAGGAUUCUUGAAUCAGGAAGUUGGUUUGCGAAAGAAAAAGCUUGUAUUGCACUUCAAGCUUUAAGCUUCUCGAGAGAUAAUGCAAGGGCGAUUGGGUCUAGAGGCGGGAUUUGUUCAUUGUUAGAGAUUUGUCAAGCUGGAACACCUAGUUCACAGGGUCUUGCAAGUGGGGUUUUGAGGAAUUUGGCCGUGUUUGAGGAGAUUAGAGAGAAUUUUAUAGAAGAGAAUGCUGUUUUUGUUCUUAUUGGGCUUGCAGCUUCUGGAACUGCAUUAGCUCAAGAAAAUGCAAUCGGUUGUUUGUGUAAUUUGGUUAAGGAAGAUGAAAAUUUGAAGCUUUUGAUUGUUAAGGAAGGGGUUGUUGAGUGUUUGAGGAAUUUUUGGGAUUCAUGUCCUCCGGCAAGGAGUCUUGAAGUUGCUGUUGAGUUGUUAAGGGAGUUGGCUUCCAACCAAGCUAUUGCUGAAGGGCUUGUUUCUGAUGGGUUUGUUGUUAGGCUUGUGGCGGUGUUGAAUUGUGGGGUUCUGGGUGUGAGAGUUGCAGCUGCCAGAGCUGUUUUUGAGCUUGGUUUUAUUAUGAAAACUAGGAAACUAAUUGGUGAAUUGGGGUGCAUUAGUCCAUUGAUUAAAAUGUUGGAUGGUAAGGCUGUUGAAGAAAAGGAGGCAGCAGCAAAAGCAUUGUCAUUGCUUGUGUUGCAUGCUGGUAAUAGGAGGAUUUUCAGAAAGACUGAGGGAGGAAUAGUGAGUACAGUUCAGCUAUUGGAUCCUUUGAUACAGAAUUUGGAUAAGAAAUACCCUGUUUCUAUAUUGGCCUCUCUUUCAAAUUCUAAGAAGUGUAAGAAACAAAUGAUUGCUGCUGGUGCUAGUGUGCACUUGAAGAAACUUAUGGAGAUGGAUGUUGAAGGAUCUAAGAAGCUCUUGGAUGGUCUGGGGCGGGGUAAGAUUUGGGGUGUUUUUGCCAGGCCCUAGCAUGGACUUAAUUCUUCCAUGUGCUUGGAACUUGAAUCUGAGGAUGGCUUGUUAAUCUGUAUGUACAUUGUUUGUGUUUGCUUUUACUCUUGUUUUGUGUUUGCUUUUUUUUUCCCCAUAUGUUUGUUAAGUUGCUUUAGGACUAAACAGUUUUAGCUUAGUUUCCGCUGGAAAACCUCUUCUUUUUAGGGAUGAGAUCAUGGUUUGUUGACCUAAAUACACUGGAUUUCAUGUUCUUUAUGCGAAACUGAAUAAUAGUAGUGUUUGUAA